UGGAGAAAUAAAAAAUGUAUACCUAACAGGAGCUCGGGUCUCAGGAGGUUUUAAGGUCAAAGGUUAGGAGCCCCAGUCUGACGUAUUUCCACAGUCUGGUCCCUUGUAUCAUCAGUUUAUCUCUGGCGCCCCCUGCUGGUGCUGCCAGGUACUGCAGUCUUUGUCUGGACCGCCUUCCUCUCCUCUCAGCACUUCCUGGUGUUUUCAAACUGGAUGUCACAGCGGCUCUGAGCGGUUUGUCAAACAAGUCCAAAGUUGUCUCGACACGGGAGGAGGAUGAACUCCAAGACGAGGAUACGGCAGCUGUGUGAAGUGUGUACGCUGUGUGAACAUCGUUUUACAAAAUGAUUAACGGACGUAGUGUUUUCAGCGGCUAACGGGCGGCGGUAACACGGGACGCUGCUGUAACACAGGACGGGCUAGCUGCUCUGCUAGCUGCUCCGCUAGCUGCUCUGCUAGCUGUUAGCCAGUUAGCUCGCUGCUAGCAGACUGAACUGUCUGUUACUGCUAGUUAGCAUCGAGUGUUUGAAACAAGCUUCAAGUUUUAACCACAGACACGACUGAGAGGACUGUGAGAGCUCCGGAGAGGACGACAUGGAGAACAAGGACAAAGUACAGAUGAGGAAUAACCCUCGCAGACAGUUGAAGAAGCUGAGUGAGGACAGCCUCACCAAGCAGCCGGAGGAAGUGUUUGAUGUCCUGGAGAAGCUGGGUGAAGGGUCGUAUGGCUGUGUGUUUAAAGCCCAUCAUAAAGAGACGGGGGAGAUCGUAGCCAUCAAACAAGUUCCAGUGGAGUCAGAUCUUCAGGAGAUCAUCAAGGAAAUCUCCAUCAUGCAGCAGUGCAACAGUCCUCAUGUGGUGCGAUACUACGGCAGCUACUUCAAAAACAGUGACCUGUGGAUUGUUAUGGAAUACUGUGGAGCCGGAUCAGUUUCUGAUAUCAUCCGAAUACGCAACAAGACGCUAACAGAAGAGGAGAUAGCCACCAUCCUGCAGUCCACCCUGAAGGGUCUUGAGUAUCUUCACUUCAUGAGAAAAAUCCACAGAGACAUCAAAGCAGGGAACAUCUUGCUGAACACAGAGGGCCAGGCCAAACUGGCCGACUUUGGAGUUGCUGGACAACUGACGGACACCAUGGCGAAGAGAAACACAGUCAUCGGCACGCCGUUCUGGAUGGCUCCAGAGGUCAUACAGGAGAUCGGCUACAACUGUGUGGCUGAUAUCUGGUCUCUGGGGAUAACAGCUAUAGAGAUGGCCGAGGGGAAGCCUCCCUACGCUGACAUACAUCCCAUGAGGGCUAUCUUCAUGAUUCCCACCAACCCUCCACCAACGUUCAGGAACCCAGAUUUGUGGUCUCCAGCAUUUAGAGAAUUUGUCAGCCAGUGUUUGGUGAAAAACCCAGAAAACAGGGCGACUGCCACACAGUUGUUACAGGAUCCGUUCAUCAAGUCAGCCAAGCCCAGCCCCAUCCUCAGAGCGCUGAUCACAGAUGCCAUGGAGAUCAAACUGAAGAGACAGGAGGAGGCUGAACAGAGAGAGCAGGAUGCAGAAGAUGAUGACAAUUCGGACGAGGAUGAGGUGGACCAGGGGACGAUGGUGCGGGCGGGGACAGGCGACUCAGGAACUAUCCGGGCCGCUGGAUCAUUAGCAAGUUCACUCGGUGGUACGGCUCGGACUAUGAUCGCACACGACGACACUGGAACCAUGCAGUCACAGCUGGGCACCAUGGUCAUCAACUCCGAUGAUGAGGAUGAGGAAGAAGCCGGUACCAUGAAAAGGAGAGACGAGACGAUGCAGCCGGCCAAGCCGUCCUUCCUCGAGUACUUUGAGCAGAAAGAGAAGGAGGCCAACAGUCACAAUGAUGGAGGAAGAGGAGUAAACAACGCAGACAACCGCAAACCGUCCACUGAGGCAGACCUUGAGGUGGUGAGUUCGUGGACAGUGGAGGAGCUGCGGCUGCGUCUGGCCUCUCUGGACCCUCAGAUGGAGCAGGAGAUCGAGGAGAUCCAUCAGCGCUACCAGACCAAGAGGCAGCCCAUCCUCGACGCCAUCGAGGCCAAAAAACGACGGCAGCAGAACUUCUGAGAAGGAACUGCCGAGUUGUCACGGCAACAACUGGAUGUUUUAUCUCUUUAUGUUCUCUGCAGCAGUUUAGUGAAAUGUCACGAAGACAUUUUGAAAACUGCACGAAGACUUCUGAUGAUGAUGACUGCUGAGGAAGAAGACCUUCCAAAGAGCUGAUUGACAGAAUAUUAAUGACAUUCAUUUGAUUUAAGACCCACGUUCUCUUUUUCUGCCCGUUUGAGAGUCUUCAAGGACAUUUUUGUGUCUCUGGAUUAACGGUUGAGGAAAUGACAAAGUUUAAUUUUGGCGCCAUCAGCAGCUCAUCUGAACCUGUGAGUUUCUUUCUGUUUAUUUCAGGCAUGUUACACAGUCGUCUCAAACUGCAGUGACGAUUGUUAAAACCAGAUCUCUUUAAGUUUGUUUUACCUAAUGGUACAAUAUCAUUUAAACUGCUGACUGCUCGUCUUAGGUACUCGUGUUUCCUGUCACUGUUGCUGCUGGGCUCUUAAGUGUUCCUACUCUGGAUUGAGAGAGUUUCGACAAAUCUGUAGUCUAGAACUGAAUCGUUCACUUGUCUGGAAAAGUUUGUAAAAUGCACAAAAGGUAUUGAGGUUCUAGGUAUUGACAACCUGUAUUGUAAAAAGUCAGAGUUUCAAAUUCCCGUCUAAAACUAUUUGAAAAGCGAAAAAUGAAAACAAACCCUGUGAUUGCUGUCAGCCAGGAAAACACAGGAAAACACCUCCAUCAUUUAACCUGUGAAGAUGCUAAACAUCCAGGAGGUUUCUCACUUUAAACUUUAAACUCUUUCUCUUUCAAACUUGAUUAUGAAAACUAAAUUCUGUAAUUCGGUACAUGCUCCAAGGGUUUUACUUUUUACACACAGCGUUGAAUAUACUGUCAGUCAUUUGUCAUUAUUUAUCAUGUUUUAGUUCUGCAGAUACGUCUCAAAAUAGUUAUUAGACCACUGUUCUUGUCUUCUGUUGCCUGCAAAGGAAGUGAAAUUUAAAUUUUCCUCCAAACGGCAGAAAUAAUUGAGUAAAAAUGCAAGGAAAAAGGUGCUUUUUUGAUAUAGGCCGGUCUCAGCUAAGAGAUGUAGGAGCUCCUGAAUCUCAUUGUUUCCCAAUCUGGGGACAUUUAUGGCCAUUGUUCUCUGAGUUAGCUGCUAACUGCUAGUGGCUACGUAAACGUCAUCUGAGUCAGAGGUUACACUUAAUGCUCAAUGAUGAUGGAUUUCUAAACAAUGUUUAUUUUUCUCAGGCAGCUGAUGAAGAUUAAAACCAUAGAAAUAGAAUGAGAGCAGAACGGACAAUGAACUGUUUGUCGUGGUCAUAUUACUAAAUUCAAAAGAAAAUGGCCGCUGCUGUUAGUUGUUAUGACCUCACGCAUCAGUGGGGCCAUAAAGCGGUUACACUCUGUACUUUGACAUACUAAUGAAUAGAAUUUGAUGACAAACCAGUUAAGUCCAGCAAUCCUCAGUUCCAGUGCAGCGAGGCAGCAGAGACAAAGCACAAAGACACCUCUCCAGUCUUCACUGCUGGUUUGGUCGUUACUGCAAAACCUCAUCUCAGCGAGUUCGUGACUUGCCUCCAGUCGGUUUGUUUGUACGGAAGUUAGCCUGUUACAAUGGUUGCAAUGGCAACAGCACACAAAAACAUGGCCGCCGCUCAAUAAUUUACUGUCUCUGUUAUAUGGCAGCUGAUCCCGUCCUCUGCUCGGAGGGUAAGGAGCUCCUGAAUCUCAUUGUUUCCCAAUCUGGGGACAUUUACGGCCAUUGUUCUUUGAGUUAGCCGCUAACUGCUAGUGGCUACGUUUUAACAUCUCUCAUGGCAGGUCGCACAUGUGACACAUCAUCAAAAAGUCACAUCUAUCCUGCCAGUCGUCAUGUCCUGCUGGCUGUGCUGUUGAUACAGACACCGUUUCUGCGCUGUUACUACCCCUGAUGUUGGCUUAAGGGAAGGGGCCACUCUGUCUCCCCGUGACCGCUGCGAUUGUACCUUAUAUACACCAGGGUGAGGCGGCCUUGACCAGGCACUGUAAAAGGGCCCACAGUGUUUGACACACAUUAAUAAUCACUUACGUAUACAGCUUCAUUAUAGUGUGUUAUAAACCAUCUAUUAAACCAUUUACCUUUAUUUUUUACACAUUCCUCUAAUCUUUAGUUUAUUUUGAAAUAACUGGAUAAUGUUACCUCUUCAGGUCUCCACAUUUUCACUUUUUGGUUGACUUGGUCAUCAGCUGAUGGUUGUUUCAUUUAUCACGAGCCAAAACAGUCUGGUAACGACUGUCAGAACAGACACACCUGCAUUUGAAUAUGUCGUGUUCGUCUCAAGCUGGAGUUUUAAUUUUCUAAUAGUUGAAAAGUUAUGAAACUGUAUAAAAGUUAAAGGGAAUUUAAUCAGAUGGAAACUUGAUUAUGUUUGACCUCCAGUGUCCUUUGUGUUUAAGUUUUUAUUUUUGUGUCCAUCAUCUAUUUUUCCUCCUCAGUAAGCUAAAAACAAAGACCUGGGUUGACAGAUUUAUGGAAUCGAUUCAACAAAGCUUUUAUUUCUUGGAUUUAUUAGUUUGAUUUGGCACUGGACGAGUUUGCCCCCCCAAAAAAGUAUCAGGGAGCAGCUGCGACUGAAGCUGGCGUCGACCCAGGUCUGAUUCACCUUCACUUCUGACAUUCCUCAGAGCAAGUCCGCCGCUCAUUUUUCUACAUCCAGCACAAAAACAUUUAUAUUUUUCUACGUAGGUUUAGUGAUGUCAAGUUCAGAUAGAAGACGAGUUGUAGUUUUGAUCACAGAAAUGAAAACCAGCUUCUCAGGUCAUAAAGCUCCUCAGGGGUGUAAAAAUAAUGACGAGAAAUGACUGUAGAUAGUUUAGAGAUCCUUCACACAAAGAGUCUGUGUAUAUAUGAGCACCACGAGGCUGUAUUUGUAUAUUGUGAUUAAAUUUGAACAGUUGAAGGUUUUAAGCCCCAAAACAAGACACUUGUCACUAAGUUAUAUUUAAAUAAGCAGUCAUCAACGAGUUCAAAUGAGCGUCUGAUGUUUUGGGGCUCCAGACGUUAAUCUUUGUGUGCAGGACUCUCGUGUUUCUCUGUACGCAAACGGCUCAUGAGCACAAUUCAUUUUUCAUUUUCUCUUCUGUGUUACAAGCAAAACAAAAGGGAUUUUUCUUGUCUGCCUUAUUUUGGAUGUUCUGCUGUUUUAUUUCUGAACAGUGAUCUCAUGUAUGACGCGUUUGGUUGGAAAAAAAGUGAAAAUAUAAAAAAAAAUAAUGCAGCUUGAUUGUUUUAAAAUAAGAUGCUGUUUGGUGCUGUCACACUGCUGGAAAAAAUGUGAUGCAUCAGAAAUAAAGUCGUAAUCACUGGAUAUCGAGCAGACAUUAAACUGUUCUGAUGUUUGGGAAUCAGUUCUAAAGGGACAGUUCACCCCAAAAUCAAAUAUGCAUAAUUUCCUUGUCACCUGUAGCGCUAUAUGUGAAUCUAGAUAUGAAUCUAGAUUGUUUUUGUGUGAGUUACUGAGUGUUGGAGAUAUCAGCCGUAGAGAUGUCUGACUUGUCUUCAGUAUUACAGAACUAGAUGACACUCAGCUUGUGGUGCUCAAAGUGCCCAAAAAAAUAAAAAUAAAAAAUACAUUUGAAAAACUUAACAUCAAUGUUUUAUAAAGAAAUCAUGACCCAGUUACUCAAGAUAAUCCACAGACCUUGUUGUGAGCAGUUUCAUGUAGGAACUAUUUUCUUUCAACUGAACCACAUCCGACAACCUUAUCACCGUUAUGGAGUUAGAACAGCAACAAUAAAUUUUGGCAUUGAAAAAAAGAAACAUCUACACUGAAAAAAAAACACUGAAAAAUAAAACACAAACAUUAAAAUUUAUUUUUGUAAUUUUUUUGCAUCCUGAUGUAUUUUUUAGUGACAAUCUUCUGUGUUUUUUCUUCAUGUCAAGAAAGAUUGAAAAUUUUAAAAAAUGUCAACAAAAACAAAAGUGACACUGAAAAAAAGAGUGACAUAAAGAAAAAUCAGAAGAUUGUCAUUGAAAAGCACAUGAUAAUGUGAAAAAUAUCAAAAUAAAAAUGAUUUUUAAUGCCUGUCUUUUAUUUUUUAGUGGAUUUUGUUGUGCUAGUGUUUCCUUUUCAAUGCUGAAUUUUAUUUUUGAUGCCAAAGCUUAUAGUCGCUGUUCUAACUCCGUAAUCCUGGUUCUCCUCAUGGUCAAGAGGCUCGUACUCAUGACAGUGCGAGGUGAAAACAUUGAUACUGUCCUUUUCGACUGAACUGUUGCAUGAGCUAGCUUAGUGCUGCUAGGUGAGCUAGCAGUUACAGUUGGCAGGUGUAGUCCCAUAGAAAGAAAAUAGUUCCUACAUCAAACUGUUCACAACAAGGUCUGUGGAUUAUCUUGAGUAACCAUGUCAUGAUUUCUGGAAAGAGAUAUUGUUGAGUUUUUCAAAAAAAAAGUGCUUUGAGCACCUCAAGCCGAGUCCCAUCUCAUUCCUUGAUAACGGAGAGAGAAAGCAGACAUCUCAACAGCCGAUAUCUCCAACACUCUGUAACUCACAAAACAAUCUAGACCGAUCAAUAGCACCACAGGUAAGAGGAAAAAUAUGUAUAUUUGAUUUUGGGUCUCUUGAACAUGAACCACUAUUUGUUUUUUUUUCUGCCUUCUUUUAUCUAACUGUUAAAUGCUUUCUGUGAUUGUCUAAACUGUUUUAUAGGAAACAAACCACUGCAGGUAUUUGCAGGUUUGUUUAGACUGAAGGGAACGCUGGGACACAAGAACAAAAAUUAUGACUAAUUCUUACUAAUAAAAAGAAAACAAAAACAAUUCUUUACGUACGUCUGCACAGUGAAAACUUAAAAUAAUAUUUGGUUUAUAUUAAAAUGCGAUAAUUCCAGGUUCUUGUUCUUGGUGCAGGAUGUUUCAGUCGCACAAACAUUUGAUGAGGCUCUAAUUUGUUUAACGAGUGAAUCAGAUAAAAGGUCUAAAUCCUGCUGAAACAUCCCGAGUGUUUGGAUUCAUCUUUUCUCGAGUGUUACCACUGUUCAGCCUUCUCAACUGUUUAAUUUAUUCUUUUUCAUAGUUUAUCUUCAGCAGCUCUAAUGUCACUGUUUCCUUUUUCUGGUCACACCUGCAGGUACUUUCAGAUCUUUGAUAGUACGUGAGCUCUGAGCAGGAACACAGUGUAACCAUAAAAUGUUCAAAUACAAACCAGCAUUGGCUUCUAUAUAAAACUGUGACGCCUGGAAAAGUGAACAAAUAAAUGAACCGAACAAAGGAAAGAGGAGUUUCAGCUUCAGUGCAGCUUCAUCUUCGUCAUUAGGUGAUUCAAAGUGAAAAAGUUUUCACUGUCCUGUUUCUCUGCCUCUACGUGCAAGACGUUUCUUUUUUUCCAGGCAUGUAAAGAUCUGCUGUUAACUCGUCUUCUCGUGUUUUGCACACUUCCUGUUUGAUGCCUGAAAAAGUUUAUAUUUUGCCUUAAAGUAUGCAGUGGAAGUCAUGCAUAUGUUAGAUCACUGAUGUUUGGUUUGUGUUUUAUUUUGUUUGCUUGUCUAAUAAAGAAAAUAAUUAAAACUAAAAGAAA